AUGGCUGGAAUGAAAGAGAGCGGGCAACGGCUCCUGUGGUGGCGUUACGAGGUCCUUGUCAAUGCGUUAAAUUUACGUUACGGUGAAGAGCACAUGAAGCAAAUAUAUUGGUCCCAGUUACGAAAUCAGACGCAGAAACCUGGAGAGUUAAUACAGCAGCUGGCACAGGAUAUUGAACGGUUGACUCUGCUGUCAUACCUUACGUACAACCCCCAACACAGAGAAGAAACUGCAUUGAAAAGUUUUACAUUCGAGUCAGCAAACCAAGCAUCAAGGACUGACGUAAAGCUGCGCCAAAUUUGUGAAGAAUGUUCGUGUCAGAAGAUGGUUCUAGAACAGAAGGGUCAGGAUUAUGGAGGCGGGAAACUAAUGAAAGCCAAUUUCGCCAGACGGAAGUUGGCUGGUAAAAUUGACGUCCCCACUACCGUGAUUAAGGUCUCUAGGCUGCAUCGAAGUCGAUGCGACCUUUGA